UCAUUGCAUUGCACUGUCCGGCUUCCGUCUCUCUCUUUCUCUCUCUUCAAAACGUGGCGCCUCCUACAGCUGUGUUUCUCGGCCUUUUGUUCCGCUCUUUGCCGCUCCUGUAUCUGUACUAAUCUCCAGCGCCGCGUCGGAUUCUGGAUUCAGAGCUCUGCUCGCUUGCGCAUUUCUGCAUACACAUAGCAGGCACAGAGGCCUAUCAAGCUUCCGAUCGCCGGAUUAGCUCCGAUCGCCGGUGCUCUGUUGCAGCUGUAGCGACCUGCUUCGGAUCGCAUAGUUUUCAGAUUGUUAUGAGAAUCUAUACAAAUCACAGCUGUCUAUGAGGGCAUUUAAACCAUGGAGAUGUAUGGGAACAUGCAGAGCCAACAUGAAGCCACUGCCCUUUAUGGGAAUUGUUUGUACAGUUAUGUUGUUCGUUGUAUAUAGAACCACAAAUUACCAGUAUCGACAGACAGAGAUAGAUGAAAUAUUUGAACCCUUCCGGCCAUUUAAGGGUAUUGGUGUGGCUUCUAGUAGUUUGGAUAGUUUACCUCGAGGCAUCAUUCAAGCUCGGUCAGAUUUGGAGUUGAAACCACUAUGGUCAACAAGUAGUUCAAGAUCAAAAAGGGUAUAUGCUUCAACCUCCCAUAAUUUGCUGGCAAUGCCUGUUGGCAUCAAACAAAAGAAUAAUGUUAAUGCUACUGUUCAAAAGUUUCUUUCAGGAAAUUUUACAAUUGUAUUAUUCCACUAUGAUGGCCAUGUGGAUAGAUGGUGGGAGUUUGAGUGGAGCAAGAAGGCUAUACAUAUAGCUGCUCUUAACCAAACAAAGUGGUGGUUUGCAAAGCGCUUUCUCAGUCCAGCUGUCGUAUCUAUUUAUGAUUACAUUUUUCUUUGGGAUGAAGAUUUGGGAGUUAAACAUUUUCACCCAGGAAGAUACUUGGAAAUUGUGAAAUCAGAAGGACUGGAGAUAUCUCAGCCAGCUUUAGACCCAAAUUCAACUGAUAUACAUCACAGAAUUACCAUACGCUCUAGAAUGAAGAAAUUUCAUAGAAGGGUCUGGGAAGAUCGAGGUAGCACAAGGUGUUCGGAGGAUAGUGAUGGGCCGCCAUGCACUGGGUUUGUGGAAGGAAUGGCUCCAGUAUUUUCAAGAUCUGCCUGGCUUUGUGCUUGGCAUCUUAUACAGAAUGAUCUUGUUCAUGGAUGGGGAAUGGAUAUGAAGCUUGGGUAUUGUGCUCAGGGGGACCGCACCAAAAAGGUGGGAGUAGUUGAUAGUGAAUAUAUUGUUCAUCAAGGAAUACAAACUUUGGGUGGGGCAUCUGCAAGAAAGGCUUCAAGUCCUGAAGAGUCAGUGAAGAAAUAUGGAGUUGAUGUGCGAGCUGAGAUAAGGAGGCAAUCGACGUCCGAGCUUCAAAUAUUUAACGAGCGAUGGCAACGAGCAGUGAAGAAGGACAAGGGCUGGUUCGAUCCAUUUAGAAGAAGAAAGAGAAGACGCGACCAGUAAAAUGAGCUGACGAUGAAUGGGAGUCCAGUUUUGAUAUCAUUAGGUUCAGCUAUCUUUGUGUUGUCUUAGUCAAAAAAAGCCAUACAUUUGUAGUGUAGUCUGUCUAGGCCCAAUUAAAUCUCAUAAUUAUUUCAUUAUUUGAGUAAUCCUGUUUGCUCUUGAAAUCAUUUUUGUGGCACAGCUCAGCAGUGUGUAUUGAUACCCUAAAGGAUGGGAUGGUUAAUUGCGACCAGGCAUUUGAAGUUC